GUAGAGCCCUGCGCGCGCGGUUGGGAUGGAACGUUGCUAGACUUAGCGGGUCUAGCUGCUGGGGGCCCGAGCAGCACGCUCGGAGCCGCCGCGCGCCAAAGCGGGAAUCUGGGAGGCGAGCAGCUCUGCAAUUAAUGCACGUAUUUUAAACUCCCGAGCCUGCGGACGCUAUGCACAGGAAGCACCUCCAGGAGAUUCCAGACCUGAGUAGCAACGUUGCCACCAGCUUCACGUGGGGAUGGGAUUCCAGCAAGACUUCUGAACUGCUGUCAGGCAUGGGGGUCUCCGCCCUGGAGAAAGAGGAGCCCGACAGUGAGAACAUCCCCCGGGAACUGCUCUCAAACCUGGGCCACCCGGAGAGCCCCCCACGGAAACGGCUGAAGAGCAAAGGGAGUGACAAAGACUUUGUGAUUGUCCGCAGGCCUAAGCUAAAUCGAGAGAACUUUCCAGGUGUUUCAUGGGACUCCCUUCCGGAUGAGCUGCUCUUGGGAAUCUUUUCCUGUCUGUGCCUCCCUGAGCUGCUAAAGGUCUCUGGUGUUUGUAAGAGGUGGUAUCGCCUAGCGUCUGAUGAGUCUCUAUGGCAGACCUUAGACCUCACAGGUAAAAAUCUGCACCCGGAUGUGACUGGUCGGUUGCUGUCUCAAGGGGUGAUUGCCUUCCGCUGCCCACGAUCAUUUAUGGACCAACCAUUGGCUGAACAUUUCAGCCCUUUUCGUGUACAGCACAUGGACCUGUCGAACUCAGUUAUAGAAGUGUCCACCCUCCACGGCAUACUGUCUCAGUGUUCCAAGUUGCAGAAUCUAAGCCUGGAAGGCCUGCGGCUUUCGGAUCCCAUUGUCAAUACUCUCGCAAAAAACUCAAAUUUAGUGCGACUUAACCUUUCUGGGUGUUCUGGAUUCUCUGAAUUUGCCCUGCAGACUCUGCUAAGCAGCUGUUCCAGACUGGAUGAGCUGAACCUCUCCUGGUGUUUUGAUUUCACUGAAAAGCAUGUACAGGUGGCUGUUGCGCAUGUGUCAGAGACCAUCACCCAGCUGAAUCUUAGCGGCUACAGAAAGAAUCUCCAGAAAUCAGAUCUCUCUACUUUAGUUAGAAGAUGCCCCAAUCUUGUCCAUCUAGACUUAAGUGAUAGUGUCAUGCUAAAGAAUGACUGCUUUCAGGAAUUUUUCCAGCUCAACUACCUCCAACACCUAUCACUCAGUCGGUGCUAUGAUAUAAUACCUGAAACUUUACUUGAACUUGGAGAAAUUCCCACACUAAAAACACUACAAGUUUUUGGAAUCGUGCCAGAUGGUACCCUUCAACUGUUAAAGGAAGCCCUUCCUCAUCUACAGAUUAAUUGCUCCCAUUUCACCACCAUUGCCAGGCCAACUAUUGGCAACAAAAAGAACCAGGAGAUAUGGGGCAUCAAAUGCCGACUGACACUGCAAAAGCCCAGUUGUCUAUGAAGUAUUUAUUGCAGGAUGGUGUCUCUUCUUUAGAACAGGGAAAAUAGGCAGGAAGCCCAAUUGCUGGAGUACUUAGCUAGUUUUAUUCUUGGUUUUCCCUUUGCCUUCAUUCUGCAAGUAUACUAGGGAGCCAUUUGAGAGGGAAAACUAUGAAAUCUUGCAAUUUGAAAUGAUUCUAAAAGCUUCUAUCACUGCUUUGCUCUUAAGAGCCAAAGUUGUAGGCCUUUUGAAAUUUUGGGAGAGUGAGCCUAUAAUUUCAAGAUAUCUUAAAGAGCAAAAUUUGAGCCACCUCUUCCAAGUGCCCUUCUUACUAAGUCUAUUCAGAAUCAAGCUUAAAAAUUACCACCAGCAAACAAUCUUCAUAGCCCAUAUAACUUUUAUCUAUUUAAUUUUAUAGUAUUGCUUUAUAAGACAGCUUAGAAGAACAAUAAGCUAUUUGUAUUAUGAGCUGAACAAAAAGAGAAUCAUAGGAUAGUAGCGUCUGAGGCCAUCUUUUCUAGGAAUAGGAAAGAGAAAAAUGUAUUUUAAUUUUGCCUUUAGAUUUGAAAUUAGGUUAAUAGAAAUAAGUAACCCCAUGUAAUUCACCUUAAAACUUAACAAAAGACCAAACAUUACAAAACCCAGAGGUAUAGAAUCAAUAUAGGAUUUGAAGGCCCAGCAGACAGUUUUCUAUGACAGGUUAAUUUGAAGUAUCCUGUAAUGUUCAUUAAGUUACUGUGUUUCCAGAAUCUAAAUUAGAUGAGAAAUAUAAUUGUGGUUUUCUAACUUGAUAAUCAAAUUAUGUUAACAUGGGUCCUUUAGCUUUUAAAAUGACUUGCUUUGUUUUAGAAAGGUGGUAUUAAUCCACUCUCUGUUCUUGAAAAUUUGGAUGGAAGAAUUCUGAAGUUGCCUGCUGUUUUCCUUUAGCGCUGAGGUUCUUAAGGUUACUUUUAUAUUACUCUGGAAUCAAGUAUUUUAAAUUGUAUUUUUUUUAAAAUGAUCUCUCAGCAAUAAUUGUUUGAAACUAUCCAUAUAUAAGGUUAUCAGACCUACAGUUCCCUAAGAGGAACUGCAUGUUCUCUUCAAUCAGAAAUAUACAGUAGAAGCAGGUAUAUCUUCCAUGCAGUUUCAGUAGUAAGCACUACUUAUCCCUACAUAAGAGUUAAAAUCCAGAUGUGGGACCUUUUGAUACCAUCAGUGAUAUAUAUUUUUUUAAACUGGUACAAAGAAGUGAAAAGAUUAAAUUCUACUUCUUUUUUUUUUUUUUUUUUUUUGAGACGGAGUCUCGCUCUGUCACCAAGGCUGGAGUGCAGUGGUGCGAUCUCGGCUCACUGCAAGCUCCGCCUCCCAGGUUCACGUCAUUCUCCUGCCUCAGCCUCCCGACUAGCUGGAACUACAGGUGCCCACCACCACGCCCGGCUAAUUUUUUUGUAUUUUUAGUAGAGAUGGGGUUUCACCGUGUUAGCCAGGAUGGUCUCAAUCUCCUGACCUCAUGAUCCGCCCAUCUCGGCCUCCCAAAGUGCUGGGAUUACAGGCGUGAGCAACUGCGCCCAGCCAAAUUCUACUUCUUAAAAAUCACAAAAACUAGUUUAAAUUGAUGACUUGUUCGUAUGUUCAAAAUGUAACAACAAAAAAAGCCAACACCAGUCAUUUAUAUUAACUGUUUUUUUUUUUAAAUCAAAAAUUGUCAAUGUUAGAAACAGUAUGAAGUGCCUUUAUCUGCUUAGACCUAAGGAAGAUUUUAAAGUUGGGUUGCACAGGAAAUGAUGAUGCUUCAAUUUCUUAAUAGUUAAAAAGUGCUAAAUACUACUUGAAAUUAUUGUUUACAGAUUAGUGACAAGAGCUGGGGUUAGGAUCCGGUUGGACUCUGACAUCGGAUGCCCUCAAACAUACAGAACUUCCAAACUCAAGUCCAGCCAUAAGCUAUUUUGCCAACAUGUCAGAGUAAUCUGUAUUUUUGUAUGUGAUUUCUACUUUUAUAGACUUGUUUUAAAACAAUAAAACACAUUUUUAUAAAAA